AUGGAUGAUAUGUUUGCAGGUGAAGAUAGGAUGAAUGUUUUGCCUAUCAAAGGUGAAAUUCCAGUUGAUUGGGAGGCCUCCUUGGAAUCAGUUAACGGCAAAUUGGAAACAGUGCCAAGGGGACUAGCUUGA